UGGAUCACUAGAGGGAGGGGGAGGGACUGCUUCGGGGGUAAGGAAAAAGCACCACGCAGCCAAGCAAGCAUUUUCGGCUAUUCUUAUCCUGGUGUCGAAGUAUUGCUAAAACGUGGCGGCUGGAGAGGUGAUUGUGAUGGUGUAAUUGUAGUAACGUUGCAUAGCUGUGGUGAUGAUCGUGGUGUUAUGCAAUGGGGUGGUGUAAGGGCCGAGGGUGAUGCUGAAGAGGACGUGUUGGUGAUCUGGUGUGCUGGUAGGGACACACACACACACUGAUAAUCGUAAUGGUCAAGACGAGUCAGCAUGGACGCAACACGGGCGCGGGGAGUCAAGGUCAAGAGAUGGGAAGAGUUUUCAUUAAGUACGCGCUGGUGGUGGUGGUCACUGUGGUGGCGGUGGUAGCAAUUCGAGGCUGGUGGGUAACGACAUCGAAGGCCCUGUGGCGGGAGAGAGAGGAAGAUGCUGUUUUAAGAGAGGCUGCAAUCAGAGCUCUGGGCCCCCUGGAAGCCAACGACCCACAGCUGUUGCGCCUCCUCCGAGAAAGAUACUUGGCUCCACCGUCUCCCGGGCCACCGAACUUGAUGCUGGACCGAAGUGGAGCCGAGGCCGAAAAGUACAACAUUUACAGGGUCGGGUUCUCCUCUUGGAUCCGAACGAACAAGCAUCUCAUAACGCUAUUCUCGGACGCCUCUCCCGGCUUCUUCCUGGAGGCCGGGGCGCUAGACGGGGAGUUCAUCUCCAACACGCUGUACCUGGAGCGUGACCUGGGAUGGACGGGCCUGCUCGUCGAGGCGGACAACACCCUCUACUCGGCGCUCACUGGCAAACGUCGGCGUGCCUGGUCCUCCCACGCCUGCCUGGCCCUGACGCCCUACCCUCAGGAAUUCGUCUUCCAUGGCUAUUUUGCUGACGCCGCCGCCUCCGUGGGCACUCAACUUCUCGUGCGGUCAACAGGUAACUUGGCGGGCGUGCAGGCCCCGGCGGCGGGACGGAUGGGGCAGCGGCACAAGCAGGUGGUGCAAUGCUUCCCGCUGCUCUCCUUCCUGCUGGCCGUCAAUACCACGUCGCUGCAGUACGUGAGCCUCGACGUGGAGGGCGCCGAGGCCGACAUCCUCAUCAACCUGCCCUGGGAGGAGGUGGACGUGGCAGUGUGGAGCAUCGAGCACCGACUUGGCACAAACGCCUUCAAGAAUCUGUACGAACACACUCCAGCGCCGCCUGAAGCCUCCAGUAGCAGGGCUGGAGCCGAGAAAGGCUUGUCCAGACCCCCACACACGUCUCCGCCCAGGGUGAAGACGGUGACGAAGGUGGUGUACGUGGGGCAGCAGGACCCCCGCCAGGGCAAGGACCCUUACUUCGUCAGGUUCAUGGUGGAGCGAGGCUACGUCCUGUACGACUACUGGGACGGCGACUACACCUUCAUCAAGAGGAACUCCAGUCUAUGUAAGAAGCACUGUCCACCACACUUAGUUCCAUAGGCAGUUAUCACUUUCUUGCUCCAGAUGUCUUUCAUAGUUAUUUAGUAAGCAUAAUGCUCUAAUAAAGCUUGUAAUAUCCUGG